AUGAGAGUGUACAAACCUCCGGAUCGGAGGCCGAGCCUGAAAAAAAAUGAAAUAACCUUCAAAUCUGACCCUAACCCCAAUAAAUAUGGAAAUAUUGACGGGUUUGAGAUAGAUGAAGCGCUUUUUUCACUUUUGGACGGACUGGUGGAAAAUAACGAGAAGACGAGAGAGAUAGUAGUUAAAACUUUGAUGAAGUUUGCGCUUUAUCAGCCCGAUCUAGUGUUAAAAUCGGUUUUAACCUUCUUGCAAGUGCAGAAAACAACAGUAACACACCAGCAUUCCCUGCUAAGAUUUCUCAAAAGGUGUAUAAAUGAGUUGAAAAACAUUCCAAACAGCACUGUCAAAGAAGUACUUCUUUUCGUAUUAAAGGAGAUUAGGUUUCUAAAGGUUACUGACCAAAGGCAUCUUGAAAUGAAGGAAAUUGUUAACGCAGCAACGGUUCUCUGUGCAUCAUUUUCAGUGGAUAUUAUAUUAGCAUACAUUAAAGAAAUUAAUCAAAGAGAGAAUUAUUUUGAGAUUUUGUGCAUAUACGUGAAAGUUUUAACACAUAUUUGUGUCUCAGUGCCAAACAAUACAUACGUAAAGAGCAUACUAAUUUCAAGUCACAUAAUGUCGUUGUAUAAUAAGGAAGUGUUUAAGGAGGAAAACCAGGAAAUUUGCAAGGAACUAUCAUCACUGUUAUAUGCGAUUUCUAACAUGAUACUAACAGUUCCAUACACGUCAUAUUCAUAUUCAAGGUUUAUUGGUUUAGGGCGUUUUUCAUCCAUAAAUAACACGGUUGGUAAAGCUUGUAAUGAAGUGGUUAGUGACUCAACCAUAUAUGAGGCUUUGAACUUGGAAAACAAUAUAUGUAACCGAUUAUUAUCGAUGACUAAUUUUCCGAAUCGUUCGCACGAUUCACUAAAUAGUGUGAAUGCUGUGGAUAAUAAGAUGAUUCGCAAGAUGAGUCGACCUAAUAUAGAAAAUAUAAAGAAUAUAUUGGAGCCUCUGUAUGGAUUAAUGCUUGAAUAUUAUUUGCAAAAGAUAUAUAUAAACCCAGCAUAUGAUAACACGUGUUUGGAACUACUGUAUUCUCUGGUGAUCAUCUCAGAGUACGUUUCGCCGGAAUGCUUCAGGAACAACUCACUAAACCUUUUAACCUGUAUCAUAGUCAGAUUCUUAAAUUAUGUACCAAAUCUCAAACUCAACGAUAACUUGUGGCUCAAAUUACAUAAAAUCAACUCAAAUAAUUUGACCAAUAAAUUCGUGUCACUAUUCUCAAAUCCAAUUAUCAUGAAUAUAGAUGUUUCUUGUGAUGUGCCGCCGAAAUUUUUCGUUUACGGACUUAGAGUGUUUAUGCAAAUCCUGUUCAACAAUAAUCAGUUUUACAUCUAUACCAAUUCCCACAACCUGUGUAAUAUACUGUUUUCGAUACUGGUAAUAUUGUAUAAUAAUAAUAAUAAGUGUCUCUUGUCGUACCUAAAAGACGCCGUUUCUUCUAAGGAUAUUUGUCAAAAGGAUACCUAUGUUGUUACAAGUCAAACAAACUCAAAUGAUAGUAACAGUGAGAUUGACAAUGUGUACAUUGAUCACAUAAUAAGUUCACUUGGGAUACUACUUAGUAUAAACUCGACAUGUUUGGUUCUCUGUGAAUUUUUGUAUAAUAAACUCACAUCAAAUGUUUUAUCAAGUGUGAUUUUAUCAUUUUAUAUAUUUUCCUGUACAACUGAAAUGGAAAGUAAUAUAGAAAAUAAUGAAGAGAAUGUUUUGUUAUUUAAAGAUAAUGGUUUAGUUGAUACAAGUCAACCACAUAAACUAGUAAAGAAUUAUGAAAAACUAGGUGAAAAGAAGAGUAUACUGAUGUAUAAAAUAAUAGAUAACAUAAACCAAAUACUAAAUAUAAACGUGACAGACAGUUAUUCCUUUUAUAUAGUCGUACAGUUCAUUAACACCUUAUUUUCCUCAAAGUAUAUUUCCUUUUACUCAAACUACAAUCAUCUGGAAGAUAAGAAUACUAGGAUCAAUAAGAAGAUGAAAAAUGUAUAUUAUAUAAUCAAUUACAUAUUCGAGUAUAAAAUAAACAUGGAUAUCAAGAAAAGAAUUGAUAGUAAUUUAGAGUUAUUCAGUGAUAAUAAGUUCGACCAGACGUUUUUUCACCUAAUGUAUCACUAUGACCCAAAUAGUCAGUCCCAGGUCCUCACUACCCACCCACUAGUUCAAACUGAGUAUAUAGAAGACUGUAUUGAGAAUAUAAUGAGAAAUGCACCGGAGCAUUUCCUCUCAUACUUAAUGAAUAAAUUGACGAGUAAUGUCAAGAGAAAUCUUUUAACGAUAUUUAUAUACCUUUUCAAGUUAUUUGAAAGAUGUGAAGAGGACUUGAUAAGGAAAGUACUGGGAGAAGAGAAUUUAGUCAACUUGCUAAUACUAGCAAUGAUAUAUUUACAUGAUCCAGUCUACUACUUUGGCGAAGCUUACUAUUCCUCUAAACUCCUGAUAAAACUCUACAAAUUGUUGUUCGUCCCAGUUGGUCCUGAAGUUUCAUUAAGUAAUUUAUUGAUUGACGAAAGUGUUGUGGUUAAUGAUUUGGAUGAUUAUAAUACACUGGAUUCUUGCUUUUUGACUGAUAAUGUAAUAAAAAAUAGUAGGAUGGAUGAAAACUAUGUAUAUCCAACAGAUAUAGUGAUCAAUAUGAUGAACGUAUCAAGAAUAAUUGGAAAACUUAAUGAGUUUUACAGGGUGGAAGGUGAUAAAAUUAUUAAUCAAAUGGGAUCAUUGAUAAAGAAGCUUAAAAAUAAACCUGUGUUGCACAAGUCAACAUCGUUCUUGUUUAGUCCUUCAUUCUUGACUACAGGGAAUACGUUUUCUAGUAAUAUUGUACUAUCAAACAGUGCAAAUACAACCACCAAUUUAAAGGUAAAUGGGAUAGUAAUUGAUACAGACUUGAGUGUUUUUCAAAAUCUAGGUAUUUUGAAUAUAGUGUGUUUCUUCACCGUUGGUUCAGCCAAGAAACAGUGUGAUACACUGGACAAUGGUGUAAUUGAUAUAAUUAACUCUGUAAUCAAUAAUGUGACGACAAAUACAAGCUCAUUCACACUAAGUAAGGAGGAGUUGACGCUGGCACAGAGACAAAAGGUAGCACACACACAAUAUGAUACAGUUGGCACCAGUGAUCAGAGUAUGUUCUGGUGUAAUAGUGUGGAAAUGAAAAAUAUAUACCUAAUAUUGAACAGUAUUUGUAUAAGUAAUUUGGCAAAUAAAGAUAACACCAAGCUUCUGUGCACGAAACUGUAUCAAAUUACGGUCCAGAACAUGCCAAAAGACACAUCAUUUUCAAUAUUCGGGAAAACAUCAACUUAUCUACAGUCUGAAAGAGCUAGACUAACGCUAUUAUCAGCACUAACACAUGUAUAUUCAAGGUUCGGCUCUGUUAUGAAUACCAAAGUAGUUGAUGGCGGAGAAUUGGAAAAUAGUAAAGAAUCAGUUGAAGAAGCUUUGAGUUCAAGAUAUAAUAAAAUGACAAAUUCACUUUUGGGUAAAGAGAAAUCUAAUGAAACAGAUGAUAAUGGAACUGAAAGUAUGGUUGAAAAAUACAUAAUAACGCCAUUGAUAUUUAUAUUCAAUAAUGAAACUGAUGCUCCAGUCCAAGAAUUCAUACUUAACCGUCUAAUACUAUUAACCCACUCAAAUAAAGCUGUUGAAGGUGAUAUUGAGAUGAUUUCCGUGUUGUUCAAUAAACUAAUAGGUAUAAUAUUGAAAUUGGCAGAUAGUAACAAUAAACUGGAUGCCAACAGUUUGGCUGAAAAAUAUGAAAAGAAUGAAACAUUGAACACAAAAAAUCUAAAUAUAGAAGUAAAUGAAAAGGAACAACUUUUGGCAUUUUAUUCAUUCUUGUUAUUGUCAUCAUUUGGGCCGCAUUACAAGUCACUGACAACCUCAGAAAAACCUUACAUGGUUUUAUACUAUAUACUCUACUGGUGUGAUCACUAUUUUUACGUGAAUAUUGCCAAGUUCAACCUUAAUUAUUCAUUCACCUACAACUUCCAUAGCUCAAUUAAUUCUGUAAAAAUAGUACAAUUUUACCUGAAAACUGUAUUUUAUACACUUGUAAACUCGGGUAACAACGUGGAUUGGGAUAUACUUUACAAAAUAAUUAUCAUAAUAUUGAAUAAUAAUAACCCGAAUGAACAGAUAUUGAUCAAAAACAGAUUAUACAUAUUGAUUACGUUUUUAAACGAAGUAUCACAUCUUGGAUAUACUGAACUGAGUAAAGAAGAUACAGUAGAAAACUGGCUAAAAAUAUUAAUGAUGAUAUGGUGCUAUGUCCUUAAAUGCCAUGAUUAUAAUGUGAAGAUUAAAUUGAUUAAUAUUUUUUAUCGGUUAUUUCAACGACAUAAAGGAGUGGUUAGUGAAGAUAAAGUAGGGUUGGAUGUAAUAAAUAAUUUGGAUACCAUAGUUAAAAUGAUGCCUGAAGACUUGAGCAUAAAGUUGGUAAUGUUGUCAGCAAAUUACUUGGAAAGACCAACCUGCAUAUCUAAUUCCCUGAUUAAAAUCAUACACAAAAUAUUGAAGCAGAAUAUGAGCCUAAUGUCAACACAACAAAUUCAGUCAAUUUUAAUAGUUGUAUUUAACAGGUUUAAACAACAUUUUCAGAGUAGUAAUAUACCGAUUUUCCUAAGAUUAUUCCUGAUUGACAUUUUCAAGAGUAAUACUAACAUUCUAUUCAACGUACUGUUUGGCUAUAAUUUAGAAUUCCAAUCAAAUGUGAUACUCAUGAUAAUCAAAGAUGAGGAGUUGUUGUAUUUACUACUCGAUUAUUUACAACAAUUUAUUAGUAAACAGCUUCAAGAGUGUUUUAAAAAUGAUUCUGGGAGUGUUGGCGAUGUUGAAAAUUCUAUUUCUAACAGUCAACUGACUAGGGAGAAUAAUAUAAAGACACUAGAGUGUGUAAUAGAGUAUAAUGUCGGUAUAUUCAAGAAUUAUUUUGAGUUGUUGAGUGAGAGUGAAUAUGUGAACCUUCUGAUUAUAUACGUCAAUGCGAUGUCAAAUAGAGUUUCAGGUUUAGUUAAGGAAAAUCUGGAUAAGAAAAUUGUUAGACUUCUAAAGUCCAUUUUACAGCAAGAUGUUUCUACCAAUAAUACGAUAUUAUAUUACAGUAUUGGUAUCAUCAGCAGUAACUCAAAACUUUUAAACUCAUUUCUCGACUAUAUCCUAAAGUUAUUACACUGUUCGAAUAAUGAUUUUGUAAAUUUGGAAUCACAAAAUAUUAAAGUCCCUUUGAAUGAUAUGAAAACCCCUUUAAAUACUAUGAAAAUCCCGUUGGAUAUUAUGAAAGUGCUGUUGAGGAUAAUAAUUGAACUGAUUAAGUGUAACUUGUUGACGGGGUAUGAUUUGAAGGUGCUAAAGAUAAUAAAAUCACUGGAUUAUAACUUUAAACUCAUAUACUAUUACCUGAAGAAUAUGUUUAGGACCAGAAUUAACCCAUAUUAUAACCUGUAUAACAAUUUCUAUUCCAAAGUUGAGAAAGUUAGAAGAAGAUUCUUUGAUCAACUCGUGACUACACUAGUUGAUAGUGUCGAUGAUAAGAUUGAAAGGGAUUCACUCUAUUAUUACAUGAAGGUAAUAUAUGUGGUUAUAACAAUAAUAACGAAAAAUCGUUUGGUAAAGUACUACCAUGACGCAAAUAAAAUGAUAUUCACCAUUGUUAAGAAUAAAGUAUUUUUCACCAGAAAGAAGCUGAGGCAUUCCUAUUUACAACUUUACUGCUCAAUAUUACGCUACAUAUCUGUUAACAAAAAUUCAGUUAAAAGUAACAAAAAAUUGGGUAUGGACAAUUUGAAGACCUAUUUAUUAUAUCCAACGUGUGUGUCAAUAAUGUCCAAAGAUAGUAAAGGAUUGUCAAAUAUAUGCAACAGGUACAUGAAAUUGUUUGUUUCUGUAUUCUUUGGAAAUUGUUAUAAAGUGGAUUGUACGAACUUGUUUGAGGAGGUGAUAAGGGCCUUAAUUGUGAAGGGUAAUAGCAAUAGUACUUGUAUAUGUAAUUCAACUAUCCCAAGUUAUAAUCAUGAUAACAAUAAGUUAAAAUUAACUAGUGAACCAAUCCAGAAAACCCUAUGUGUUUGCAAUAGUUUCUAUUUGUUGUAUAUUUUAUCAUAUUUUAUACCUAAUGAUGAAGAUGAGGGUAUCUCAGUCCCGGCGAACAUUAACGAGGAGUUUAAAAACAUCAAGAGAUUACAGUUGGAUAAAAAGAGCUCGGAAGUUCUUUUUCAAAGUAAACCGAGCUUUGAAAACCAUUCUCAGGACUUCAUUGACGUUAACGAGUUUUAUCAUCUGAACCUAAAUGUGGGAAACCCCUCAUCCACUCAACUUGAUAGUGGUGAUUUGUGGAAUAUUAGUGUUUGUGGAGAUUUAUUGGUUCUGUUGGAUGUAAGUGACUAUUUUGUGGUUGACGGCAGAACCAAGAGUAAUUUCAUGUACAAUUCCGACUCGCUGGAGGAGUAUUUCACGAAAGCUUCGGGUAAAAACUUGAGUCUUCUCAGAAUCAAGAGCUUGGACUUGAUCAAGAACUCAUUUCUAUUUCUUUCAAGUAACAUUUACAGGUUCAUUACUUUCCAAAAAUAUUUAAACUCGAAACCUAUCAAGGUUACCCUUUUCCAAUCUGAUGAUUACUUUUUCUUCAAUUCCAGUUUUACCAAAACCAACGACGUUGUAGAUAACAAAUCACAGGAUAAAAUAAAGGGAAAUGAUAAAAUCAACCAAAAACCUAGUUUAGAAGUUAUCCAAGACGAUGUGCUGUACAAUUGUAUUAAAUUUUGUGUGUUUAUAAUAUCAAAGUCCUCACUGUUUAUUUCAGAGAAUUCAGAAUUUCUUCAACUCGAUCAUCUGCUGGAUCACAGGGAUGAUCAGGAAUUUGAGUCGAACUUGAAGUUGAUUAGGAGAAACUGUUUAAUUCACUUUGAAAGUCUUUGUAAUGUAGUUUUAAGCAAAUUGUGUAAAUUAAUCGACAACACCAAAUUCAAGCUGUAUAUUUACAAACAAUUACAACACUUGUCAAAUGUUGUGCCUCACUAA